CAGAAUGUUGAUACUGUUACUAAUGAUGAUCUGGUUUGAACCAAUUCUAUCAAUUUCUCUUCAGGAGUUAGAAAAAACUGAAGGAGUCUAUGUAAAUGAAUCAAGGUCUCUUCUGCUUCCUGACAAUGAAACCAUCAUUAACUUGAAAGUAGCGGUGAAGCAUGAGAGUCCAGUGAUGGGACAAGUGUCUUCUGUUAUACAAAGCCCCGCAGUUCUGGAUCAGCUGGUUGCUGCAGUUUCGAGGGCGCUUGAUAUAAAGGAUAAAGAAGAAGCACGGGCCAUUGAAAGCUCAAUUGUGACAGCGUUUCAGAGUAUUGGAUCUGACAAGGAGAAAGAUAUGCUCGAUCCUUUUCAAGUUAUGGUCUCUCCAUCUAAGCAAAGAAACAACGGUCACACUUUGGAUCAUUCUUCACCAGCUCAAAACAUACAUACAAACGUAAAACCUACUCACGAGACUUCUCCCCUAGCUUCAAACCUAGAUAGCAACGGACAACUUUCUCCUGAGACUGGUUCACAGCAUCCCAACCUAGAUAUCAGUAAACAGCUAUCCCUUAAGACCGGUUCCCAAGGUUCGAAACUAGAUACCAAUGAACAAUCUUCUCCUGAUGUUCCUCCACUAGUACAGGAAACCAAUAUGAAGACUGCAAAAACGGAAAGCAAAAACAAAACAAGUCAAUCGAAUAGACCAGAAGAGGAGACCGGAAAUGCAGACGAGGAAGAAGAAGUGAACUAUUCAAAUGAGUUGGAAUAUACAUACAACUAAACAGACAAUUUUUCUUUUCAAAAUGUAUCUUAUUUUAUUUAACAAAUAAAAUUCAAGAGCACGGGUUUCA